AUGAAAGGAAACGCAAAAAAAGCUAAAAACUCAAUAGGAGCUGCCGCUGCUCUGGCUACAAAUCCUGUUAUCAAUAACGAUCUUAAUGCAGGCACACCUUCCACGUUGUAUAUAGAACAAGAUCAUUGUGACUCGUUAUCUAGGCCACCCUCAUCAUCUUCCAAUCGUAAUACACCAGUAUCAAAGAGUAAUAAACGAAAAUUAGAUGAAAUUGCUGAAGCAGUUAGUGAUUCAGAACUGUCAGGUAGAGAAAACAAACAUAAAUUCGAACACGAUUCUCCAGAUGAACGCUUAAGAAGAACCGGAACGCCAUUGUCAGGUUGUUUAUCAAGAAACAAUGGCGUAAAUGAUCCAGCAUUUAAUUUUGGCACUAAUGGAAAUAUGCCUAAUGGUGUUUCAAAUAAUUCAAAUCUAUCAAUUCAAUCACCUUCAGCUACUGGUGGCAGUAAUCUUUUACAAAAUGUGCCAGGAGUACCACCUUCACAAAACUCAUUGUUAACCCAAUCGUCUCCGCUGACACAUCAACAACCACCAUCAUCAUAUAUGCCUAUAUCACCAAGAAAUCAAUUUACGAUGACAAAUGACAGUCCAUUUUUACAAACAAGCAAUCAAGUAUUCGUAUUUACGACACAAUUAGCCAAUGAUGCAACAGAAGCUGUUUUAAAACAAGAAUAUCCAAAUAUUAUAGAAUAUCAUAAAUCAUUACGAACAACAGCAGAUUAUCUGGGAUCUUUACCAACAAAUUUAAAUAAUCAUUCACUGUUAUCACAACUUCACUCGCCAUGUCAUUCUCCCCGUUCAAUGAAUAUGAAUGGUGUACCGAUGAUGUGUAAUGGUGGCCAACAAUUACCACCACCUCCUUGGCAACAGCAAAAUGAUUUAAGAGCGUUGAAUCAUUCACCGUUCGGAAGUAUGACACCGACGAUUCCCGGUGGUUUACCACAACCGAAUGUAAUUGCUGGAAAUGUUUUACUUGGUGGAAAUACACCACCACCUCCAACGAUGAGAAUGGGCCAUAUUCCACCACAUUUAAAUGAUGGAGAAAAUCUAACGCCCGAACAAUUAAAACAUCGAACAGAACAGUUAUCAAAAUUAGGUCAUAUGAAAAAAACGAUGGGCGCAAGAGGUCGAGGUCGUGGUGGAAGUCGUAAUGCGCCUGCGAUAGAUCAUCAACAAAUGAUGAUGAUGAGUGGUCCACCAGGACCACAUCCAUUAGAACACCACCAUCAUCCGCCCAUGUGUAUGGGACCACAUGGAAAUCCAAUGAUAAAUAUGAAUGGGCCGCCUCAUCACAUGAUGCAUAUGCGUGAUGGUCCACCACACGGUAUGAUGAUUGAUAUAAAUGGUUGUCCGUCGCCAAUGAUGAACGGUCCAAACGGACCAUAUUCCUUUCCACCUGGACAUUUUCAUCAGGAUCCAUUUUCGCCACAUCCACAUCAUCAUCAACAGCAACAAGCUGCACAAGAAUGGAGUCGUUUACAACAAGAACACUAUAAAGAAAGAGAAAAAGCAAAAUUGGAAAAUCUACAAACAAACAAUCGAGGUCAACCGCCACCCUAUCAUUCGUCGUCGUUAACGCCAACAUCGGCAGCAGCUACGCCAACAACAAAAUUGCUGUCUCCGAAAAUUGAAGCAACUACACCUCGUUUACAUAAAGUGGGACAACCGGAAAAAUUUAUACCCGAAAAUCUUCCAUCAAAGAAGUCAAAUAAUAAUAAUACACCACUUGAAGUGCAAAUGACACCAUCACCAACACAAAUGAAUUAUAUCGAAAUGGAAGGUGAAGAAUUGACUAUAACGAGACACUUUAAUAAAAGCUAUCGACCGAAUAAUGUAAAUAGUUUUAAUUCGUCAUGUAAAGAUGAACCAAUGACACCAUUGUCACGCUCAACGUCAACCCCUAAUCCGUUACCCCAAACUCCUUUACCUUCACAAUCCACAACACCAAAUCAUCAGCUACUUCAAACUCCACAUAAUCAUUCUCAUCUUAAUCAAAAUGGAAAUAACAAUACUCCAUUACCACCACCGCCCCCAUCUCUAACACCUAAUUCAUUAAAUAAUAACAGUAUACCACCGCCAAAUAUUCGUAAUACACCAAAUUCAAAAACAAGUAUUUUAAAUUCAUCAUCACCAUUAAUUCAUCAUACGUUAUCGACUCCAAAAGACGAACCAUUAGAACAUCCUAAAACACCAACAACGAAUAUGGCACCACCGUUAAGUAGUAUGUUACAAAUGACAAAUAAUCUUCAAACAUCAAAUUCACCAUAUAACAAUGGAUCAAAACUUUCAUCUACAUCGUCUUCGUGUACAACAGCAACAGCGACAGGAACAAACAAUUUAACUAGUUCAAAUCUUGCCAAUAUGGCAAAGAGUGUUGAUCAAUUACAACAACAGCAGUCGCCUUUAUCUGCUCAUCACCAUCAUGCACAUCAAAUGCACAGUAUGAAUAAUGCUCAAUUUCAGGUAGAUCUAAUUAUUUAA